AGCAUUACAAGAGGCGCAGGAUAUUUUUGGCCUGGAUUUUGACUAUGGAGAAUUUGAGAAAUUUGGACAAGAAGAUUACUCGGAAGACGAGGAGGCAGACGAAUACGAAGAAGAAUAUAGUGAUGAAGAAGGACAACCCAGGAGACGAGCAAAGAAAAAAACUUCGAAGAAAACCAUUUUUGAUGUAAGGCACUGUUUCAUCAAUAUUUUAAGUACUGUCAUAUUUCUUGUUUUGCUCAAGGCUUUUUGAAUAUUGAACUUAAUCAAACAUUGUGUUGCUCUAUGAAUGUACAUUUUCUCAUUGUAGGUUUACGAGCCAAGCGAGUUGGAAAAGAUCCAUUUGACAGAUCGAGAUAACGAAAUACGUAUCACGGAUAUGCCUGAACGAUUUCAG